UAGAUCCCAGAAUUGCAGAAGAAUUUUGACAGCUCCAUGAUUCCAAGCCAUAGUUUCCCAAAAUUUCUUAAACAGAUGAGUGUGAAAAUAAUUGUCAUACAGGAUUGCCUUUCGUAGAUUUAUGAACUAGGAUUUGACUGGGAAAACCUGAAUUACAGAUUUUUCUGAUAUUCUCAUUUGUUUCUAUAAGUCUUUUGGAUUACUUAAGCAAAUUUUGCACAUUUCGUCUGCCGAAUCUGAUUUUCUCAUCUAUUCAUCAAAAUUACUUUAUUUUCUGAAUCAUACCAAUGGAAGAACCAGUCACAGACACGACACCGUUAGCAAACAUGAACUUGGAUACCGGAGCGACACAGACUUGUGCGACAAGUUCGUACAAUUACGGAAUGGGUCGGUUUUUCCAGAGGCCGAGUGCUUUUGACUGUAUGCAGGGUAGUUCAGGAGUAGGGAUGGGGACGGCCCCAUAUUCAUACCCUGCUUACCCUAGUGAUUGGGGACUGAUGUCCGGACAUUACUCACAUGGAUUUAAUUUGAAUAGACCUUUAGGACUUAAUAACAUCGGUUCAAACUCUUCUGGAUUUUUAAACAAUUUAAAUAAUUUUUCUGUACAAAAUAAUGUUAAUUCGCGGGAAUAUGGUUCUGCAUUCUCAGGAAUUGGUUCGUCGUCGUCGGCAUUCUCCAGCACAGGACUCGGUCCCCAUGCCCCUAGCACAGGAGUUAUGGGGAAUAUGUGUGCCCCGGACAAUUAUAGGGGGCAGUGCGGUACCCCUGAAAGUCAAAGUAAUUCCUCACAUGGGAGUAAUUCACCGUGUUUAACAAGUAUGGACCACGUGGAGAAACUCGAUGGCAAGAAUAAAGAUUCAAAUGAUCCGUUUAAACUGGACUUGUCAGUGAAACCAAGAAAAGAACGUACAGCUUUUACCAAACACCAAAUACGAGAACUGGAGAAGGAAUUUAACCUACAUAAUUACCUGACAAGGUUGAGACGAUAUGAAAUUGCUGUUGCUCUGGACCUCACGGAAAGACAGGUGAAAGUAUGGUUUCAGAACCGGCGAAUGAAGUGGAAACGCGUGAAGGGAACUAAGCUCGCAAAGGACAAAGUAGACGGACAUCUGAAGCCUAUAAUGGCACCAAAUGUGUCCUCCACAGACUCUGACGACCUUCACCAAAGUGUCAUUUCAGAUACCGGGAACACGUGAAACACGUUAUUAGUGAAAAUGUGAUUAAUGUGAAUAAAAUGAAGGAGAUUUAAUCUCAGUUUGCAAUAAAUGGUUCAAGAGGUUUGUUAAGGUGCAUUUUUCAACAUUCAUUCGGAACGUUUGGAGAUUUACCAGGAAACAGCAACACAGUUAGAUGGUUCAACCUUAAAACGAAUCGUUAUGCAAAUCAGUCUGGUUACAUUUUAUGGUGGCGAGUGUUCUUGGAAAAGAAAAGGCAGCAGUUUGUAUGUAUUCGUGUGCGUGCCUAAGCCCAAAUAGUUUACGACUGCAAUGCUUAGAAAUACAUACAAUGUUUAAAUUUGUAAAUAUAUAAAACUUGUUUUGUUUGAGAGGACGUUACUUUUGGUGAAAGAAACGAAUCCCUGUGCCUUAUAUCUCAAUGUAAGUCGAAAGUUUGCACUUGUAUAAUCGUAAAAAUGUUGAAUCUACGAUUUACAAAAUAAAGCCCAGUUUUGAUUGAAAUGCUAUUCUAUUGUCCGUUUAUAUUUCUAGAUUUUAUAUAAAUAUAAGGAAGAUUAGCUUUAUGAUGAGUGUUUUGUUCGUAAAAAGUUGCUACAAUCAUAAAAGUAGUCCGUGUUUUAUUGGUAAUACCUGUGUAAUUAGACCUGGAAAAUGAGUUAUUCCAGAAACAUAAAUCAUGGUAGCUGUCGCAUAAUGUCUGUUAAAUAAAUAUUUCUUCAAUAAAAUAGACUUCUUACUGCAUUUUCA